CAUAUGUGACCUUUUUAUGCUUAAAAGUGUUUCUGAAAUCGUUGUAUUAACACGUGUACGUCGCAUUAAAAUGAAACCGAUAUUUUUCUUAGUAAUUCUGAUAGUUACCUCAACUUACGCUCAAGAUGAAUAUGACGAAGAGUCGUUACAAAAUUUAAAAAAACAAAUCAAACAACAGAUAUACCAUAAAAUUGCAACCAUAAAACAAGCAGUCAAAAACAACGUGCAACUGGAGGCUGAAAACGAAAUCGAAUCGGUCGCCAAUAAGAUCGAUGAGGCAGAAUUGAAACCAAACAUUAAAAAUAUAAAGCAAGAAAUUUACAAAAAACUGGAACCAGUUUUCGCUUUACGAGCUGCAUUUCGCAUGAAGAAUGGCGUGGGUGGAACAACCAUCACUACUUAUGGCGACGGAAAAACGUUCGUUUUAAAAGAGAAUGAAAUGUACACUUGCGACGGAAGUAUUGGAGAUUUGGAUGGAUCGUGCUCAGGCCAAUUAAGCCGUUUCACACCCGAAGAAGAUGGAGAUUUCUGCUACGUAAGAUCGUAUUUAGAAACUGAAGGCAAAGUGUGCCUCUCUGAAAAACCUUUAGAAGGUCUGAAAUGCUUCGACAAAGCGUUUAAAUCUUUGGAACUGCCCAAGGAGCGAUACAACGAAAUGUGCAGCUCAAUUGUAACGGGAAUUAAAUACAAAUACUUUUCCGAUACUAAUAAUCCCAAACAUGUACAAAUUCCGAGCGACAACAAACUAAUAUCUUGCGAGAACAACGAGCCGGGAGUUUGCGAGUUUACCAAUCAGAAUGUUCCAGAAGCCAGUUCAAAUGUUGUUGUAGUCGGGGACAAUUAACCUGAUGUAUAAAUAUUGACAAUAUAGAUUU